AUGCCUGGGAAGAAACGGGCCUGGCUACGACAGGCAGUGAAGAGGAUUUGUCUUUGCGGCAAGAUCAAGACCCCCUUCAGCGACGAAGAUGAAUCACCGUUGGCCUCUAUUGUCCCUUUAUCUGCCCUACCCACAAAGUCAGAAUCUAUCAGGAUCCCCGCAAGCAAGUCUCCAGCAGCUUCCCCUCGAUUCACUCCUGAUCCAUUAACGCGCUCUUACGCUGGAGCAUAUCCUCCCAAGGAAGCAAACCGUGCAGCGUCCAAUCCCUUUCUGACUGAUGAUGAGGUUUACGGGUCUUGGAAGCAACAAGCCGGAAUCAAACACCCUGCGGUGACUCGCUGCAAGGAUCAAGACCUGGAAACAAAGACAAAAACGCUCAGGAAACAAAGCUCGGCCGCCUCGACUAACACCAUCGGCUGGGACACACCAGUGGGCGAAUUCACCGCGGGGAAGCAAGCCUACCAUCACCCUACCGGGAUGUUGGAGCUCCGGAAUAAGGGUAGCAUCAACCUGCUCAAUAGUUUGGAGGAGGCUGCCGCCAAGGAAUUUCAAGAAUUCACAUCAAGGAUUAGACAUACAGGCACAAGAGUGCACCAAAUCCCCUGUCAUGUUGCCCAUCGAGCUCUUGGUUGA